AUGACCGUCCUUUCCUUCUUUCGAGAGUUAUACUCUCUCGAUACGCUAGACACUCGCUUCACCACUUCCUCCUCGACCCCCUUGAAAACCGUGGACGGAAAUAGUUCCAAGACGGUGGAAAGAGAUGGCAAGGCAACACCUGCAGACACAUCACCUCCGCGAUGGCGUACGCCGGAGUUCUACAUCUACUUGCUCGUCUUUUUGUUCUGUGUCCCGCAGAUGUACUGGGCUGUAGUUCAGGUUUCGCAGCGUAAGACUCGACGCAGUGCCGGCCAUUGGCAAAACCUGGGUUAUUCGAAAUACGAGCCCUUGCUGUCUCCUGGCUGGUUGUUUGGUAGAAAAGUGGACAAUUCCGAUGGCCAAUAUGCCAGCUUUCGAGAUAAUAUCCCCGUGUUAGCAGUUCUUGUUAUCGUCCAUCCACUUCUCCGCCGAGCAUACGAGCGGCUGUUCCCUUCAUAUACUGAGGUGUCGAAUGGAAGUGCAAAUCCAAAGGCGGGUGUCCAGAGUGCAAACCAGCGUCUACGAUAUCGUCUUGCUUUUGACUUCUGGUCUGCGCUGGUAUACAUUGCUGCUCUCAAUGGUUCUUCGUUCUUGAAGAUUAUCCUGAUCCUUUUCAUCAACUUCAAGAUCGGAACGACGCUGCCACGAAAUGCGAUUCCUACCACGACCUGGGUUUUCAACAUCGUCAUUUUGUUCGCGAAUGAGCUUUGUCAGGGAUAUCGCUAUUCGGCUAUUGGCAACAUUUUGUCUGUGCCUGCGGCGGCAGAAUGGGGCAAGACAUUGGACUCUUAUGGCGGGUUGAAUCCGCGAUGGGAGGUCCUCUUCAAGAUCACUAUCCUGAGAAUGAUAUCAUUCAAUUUCGAUCAUUACUGGGCCCUGGACAGAUCAAGGGCUGGCAGUCCUAUUGAGAAGAAGCAGCUCGACCCCUCAGCACUAUCUGAAAGAGAUCGAGUCGCUAUGCCGGCCCCCGAAUGGACAUUUACAUCAUUCCGUGCCUACGUAGCAUACAUCCUAUACCCACCUCUCUACUUGGCCGGGCCUAUCGUGACAUUCAACGACUACAUCUCCCAAUGUACGUAUCAAUCACCAUCCAUCUCGACCAGACGUACAACACUCUACGGCAUUCGAUUCCUUCUGACAUUGUUCUGCAUGGAAUUCCUCCAGCACACCACAUAUGCUGUCGCAAUAUCAAAAGUGACGUCCGACUGGUCUGUUUAUACGCCAUUCCAGCUCAGCAUGCUUGCUUACUUCAAUCUUCACAUCAUCUGGUUGAAGCUGAUGAUCCCAUGGCGUUUCUUCCGGCUGUGGGCGCUGGUGGACGGGAUCGAUCCUCCCGAGAAUAUGAUCAGAUGCAUGAGCGACAAUUACUCACCCUUUGGCUUCUGGCGGUCAUGGCACCGGAGCUUCAACAGGUGGACUAUUCGUUACAUCUAUAUCCCCAUGGGAGGUGGUCCUGGUGGUGGGCAGGGACGGGUACGAGGAAUUCUCAAUAUGCUGGCUGUCUUUACGUUUGUCGCCAUGUGGCAUGAUAUCAACUUGCGAUUGUUGAUGUGGGGCUGGCUUGUCACGUUCUUUUUCGUGCCCGAAAUCCUAGCGACUAUGGCUUUCCCCAAGUCGAAGUGGAAGACGCGGCCGAAUACUUACCGGGUUCUCUGUGGCAUUGGUGGCGUUGGGAAUGUUCUUAUGAUGAUGGCGGCAAAUCUUGUUGGGUUUGCGGUCGGGCUGGAUGGGUUGAUGGGACUUGUCCGUGGCAUUAUUGGAAGCUGGCAAGGUGCGGUGUUCAUGCUGGCUGCUUGUAGUACUUUGUUUGUUGGGGUUCAAGUCAUGUUUGAGCAUCGUGAGGAGGAGAAAAGAAAUGGUGUUAGGUUAAAGUGCUAAGAGUUGGCUACCUGUACCAACAUGCAUACCAUACUGUAGUGCGUUGACAGUCGCAUAUGCAACAAAAGUCAUUUCGAAUAUGCUCUUCGAGCCUGCACGUGAACUAUCGGUCGAGAGAAUUGACUGCCUAGUGCUGAUUCGCUCGUAUUGGGCGAGGUACGUCGUAUGGAGCGGAUUGGCAUAGGUCAGAAUUUGGUAAUCAA